UUUCUUUUGACCGUUGUUAAUCAAUUCGCCAAAAUAGCUAAAUCCAUUUUACAAUUUCUAAAAAAGAAAAAAUCCCAUCAUAGUUCAGGAACGGCAAGCGGCAGCGGCAGCGGAUCAGAGGGCAAGUUACAGCAGCAGCACAGCAACGAGGAGGAAGGCGGUGGUGCAGGUGGAGGACAGCAGGAAGCAGCCGCCGCUAGCCACAAAAUAACGCCGCCGACCACAACAGCAGCAGCAGCAACAGCAGCGGGCAGAGCAUCGGGUGCAGGAGUCGAAGCAGGAGUCGGAGCCGGUGUAGCCAAAACAGACGCAGCUGCUGCCUCUGGCGAGGAGCCGCCGUUGGCGAACAACCAAAGCAACAGCUCACCUCAAGCUCAGGUCUCGGCCAGCGCCACGUUUCGUUUGUCUUCGUUGACGGGCACCAUCUCGAAAAUGGGCAAUAACGCGACCACAUCCAACAAGAAGGUGGAUGCCGCCGAGACGGUUAAGGAGUUCCUUGAACAGGCCAAGGAGGAGUUUGAGGAUAAAUGGCGUCGCAAUCCAACCAAUACGGCUGCGCUCGAUGAUUUCGAAAGGAUCAAGACACUGGGCACCGGCUCCUUUGGCCGCGUCAUGAUCGUGCAGCAUAAGCCAACAAAAGACUACUAUGCCAUGAAGAUAUUGGACAAGCAGAAGGUCGUCAAGCUGAAGCAGGUGGAGCAUACGCUCAAUGAGAAGCGCAUCCUGCAGGCGAUACAGUUCCCAUUCUUGGUCUCGCUCCGCUACCACUUCAAGGACAACUCCAAUCUCUACAUGGUGCUGGAGUAUGUGCCCGGCGGCGAGAUGUUCUCGCAUCUGCGAAAAGUCGGACGCUUCUCGGAGCCGCAUUCACGUUUCUAUGCAGCACAGAUUGUGCUCGCAUUUGAGUAUUUGCAUUAUCUGGACCUCAUCUAUCGCGAUCUGAAGCCGGAGAAUUUAUUGAUCGAUUCGCAGGGCUACUUGAAGGUCACCGAUUUCGGCUUCGCCAAGCGGGUCAAGGGCCGCACCUGGACGCUAUGCGGCACACCUGAAUAUCUGGCGCCCGAAAUCAUUUUGUCCAAGGGCUACAACAAGGCCGUCGAUUGGUGGGCGUUGGGCGUGCUGGUCUACGAAAUGGCAGCCGGCUAUCCGCCGUUCUUUGCGGACCAACCCAUACAGAUCUACGAGAAGAUCGUCUCUGGCAAGGUGCGCUUCCCCUCGCACUUUGGCUCCGAUCUGAAGGAUCUGUUGCGUAAUCUACUGCAAGUGGAUCUGACCAAACGCUAUGGCAAUCUGAAAGCAGGCGUCAAUGAUAUUAAGAACCAGAAAUGGUUCGCCUCCACGGACUGGAUUGCGAUCUUCCAAAAGAAAAUCGAAGCGCCGUUCAUACCGCGGUGUAAAGGUCCCGGGGAUACAAGCAAUUUUGAUGAUUACGAAGAGGAGGCGUUGCGAAUUUCCAGCACCGAAAAGUGCGCCAAGGAGUUUGCCGAAUUCUAGAAGAUGCACAAACAACAACACGCAUUCAAGUCACCAUCUUCGUUACCAUCGUCGUUGUUGUCGUCGUCGUCGUCUCGUCUAUAUGUCUACUACUUACUACAACUACUACUAUUACUAGUGCUACAACUGCAGCUGCAACUGCAACUGCAACUGCAACUGCUACUGCAACUACAAAUGCAACUGCAACUUUUACAUCUACUUGGGUCUAGCUGGUCAUAUACUUAUCACACACACACAUACCCAUACACACAACCCAACACACACAAACACCAACACCAAUACAAUACAGCACAACACAACACACAUCAAAAGAAACCCCAAUUGGAUUUUUCAUACCCAGUCGCAACAAAUAACAAAUAACAUGCAUACACGAAAUAUGUCAGCAGCGUUUACCUUAAAUGGAACUUAGACUCCUCUCCCACAACUGGUCAACGAACUUUCGAGGCCAGAACAACACACAAAAUUUAUUGAAAACUUGAUAAAGAAUACAUUUCUUAUAUCUAAAAAUAAAGAACUUGGAAGUUAGAGAGCGAAACAGCUAAAAAGUGGAGGGUAACCAACAAUAAUAAUAAUAAUCAUAAUAUCAAAAUCAAGAGUGUAAUAG